AACUCUCCUCCCCAAAUCUCCAAUCCCCAAUUCCGGACGUCGUCGUCUUCUUCUUCUUCCUCCUCCGCUCGAGCGAGUUUCCCCAGGAGGACCGCCGAAUCGAUUCGCGAUUUCUCACCUAGAUCGCUGCUCCUACCAGAGAAGCUCACUCCUCCUCCUCCUGCCCCAGAUUUUCGAGGUUGACACCUGGGAAGAUCUUUUGUAACACGCUCAACGAUGUAUAUGAUGAGCACCUGAUCUGCUUGCACAUCUCAGUGUGUUCAGAUUGACUAGUACAAGAUUCCCAUGUCUGGCAAUCAGGCACAAUCGAGCGACUAUGAGCUCCUUGCCAGCCAACCGGAUGCUCAGUGCCUUGUUUGCACAAGACCUUUUACUUUGGAUACUGAGGUGACCAAUAGCUUUGAAGCUUUAGCCAUAUGCAGGGAGUGCAAGGCGACUGUGCUUAAUGACAAUGAAACAGAUGUUACAACCAGCAGCACUAAUCAGCAGAGACGACACAGAAGGCGGAGAUCCAGGACUGCAAGUCUUGGAUCUAGUGAGGAUGCAUUCUCACAGCAGUUCUCCCAUUUGAUCAAUUUAGCUAGACAAGGCCAUGAAGCAGAUAUUGAUUCUCCAACAGUUUUGCGCCAGCUGAUGUCUUAUAAUUCUACACCGAACCAAUCCCAAAGGUGGCAUGCUUCAGAUGAUGAGAGUGAUGGCCUCAAUUAUGCUGAUUCUGUGUUUGACGAUCAUGAAUCAAAUAUCAGUUUUGGUGACUAUGCUGAGGAAUCAGAUGCUUCUCUAGAUCAACAUAGCAUGGUGGGAAGGGUGAUUUCUAUUCAACUUGACAACGAGAGCUACAUGAAUACGGACACAGAUAUUGAUCCCAUGAACACUGGAAUAGAUCAGUGGGAUUCAGACGACCAAGAAGAUGAAGAUGUACAAUUGGAAGAGUCUGAUUUUGAUGAAGCAGUUGACACCAUGCGGCAGUACCAGCAGCAAUCACGUGGCAUUGGCCCAAGUGAAUUGGCCGGCUGGGAAUCUGAAGAGGGGGUAUGGGCUUGGAGAAUGACUGCGAGUCAAAGAGCAAAUAUGACUAACUUGAUGGCAGACAUGGAAGGACCAGAAAUCAGAACACCUUUUGUUGGGAAUCCCGGUGAUUAUGCUGAUGCAAGACAGUUUGAGAUGAUUCUUGAACAGUUUGCUGAGGACAACAAUUCCAGAAGAGGUGCUCCACCUGCAGCGACAUCCUUCGUUGGAAAUCUUCCCUCCGUGUAUAUCUCCAAAAGCCACGAGACAGAUGGUGGUGUGAUUUGUCCAGUAUGCAAAGACCCAAUGCCUAUCAGAACUAGAGCAAAGCAGCUACCAUGCAUGCAUCUCUAUCAUUCAUCGUGCAUCUUGCCAUGGCUUAGUUCUAGGAAUACAUGCCCAGUUUGCCGAUAUGAACUUCCUACAGAUGACCGGGAAUAUAAGAGGUCCGAGCAAGCUGCAACCAAUGAAAGAGACGAUCGUUUGAUAGAGGAACACACCCGUCUGCAAGAAUUUGUUGAAGAAAUUCCUGACGAACCAGAGGUUGAAGAAACUCACUAUACACCUAAUCGUGCAGUGGAAGAGACUAAUACAAGUGAACAUGGUGCAGAGCAGUCAGACAGAGCACAUGGCCGCAGAAGAUGGCUCUUUAUUGCAGCUGCUCCGGUCGUUAGCUUUGUCGGUUUAGCUCUAGUUUUGUGCUUUGCAAAUCCUGCUAAUAGUGGUAGAAGGCAACAGUGCCGUGGAUCGCAGAGUAGUUCUGCACCACAUGUAGACACAAAAAGAAGUUGGUGGUCCAUGUUCUAGAUAUCCAGUACAUACAUGCUGAUACCAAAUUUACUGUGUGAUGGCACAUGAUUGUUGGCAGUGCUUUCUCAUAAAAAGUUUGAUUUGAAGUUUCAAUCAAUGUGAUCACUGAUGUGAUCCAUUGAGUUGUUCCUGUAACCGAGUUCAAACACAUAAUUUGUCCACCACUUUGGUUAGUUCA